UUAGCCUACCUGAAAAUUUAAGUUGACCUAAUUCAAUUUAGUUUUUGCCCCAAUUUAAUUUUGCCCUAAAACCCAAUUUUGCUCUCUUCGUUCAGUCGUAGUACAGGAUCUAAAUCUGGAAGAUGCAAGCAACUAGGGCUCGUGGAAAAGGUGGAACCGUGAGAAAGCACUCAUCCAUUCAAGCCUUCGACGUGGAUGGUGGUUCAGGGAUUGUGAGUAAAAUCUACGAUGGGUGUUGCUUUUGUCCCCUUCCAGUGGUUUCGUUGAAGUCGAAGACAAGUAGCAACCCUGAUAGAUGGUUUUUACGUUGCCCUAUGUGGAAGAACACACAAAGACGUUGUGGAUAUUUUCAAUGGUUGGAUGAAAUAGAAGAGCAAUGUGUGGAAGGAGAAGUUUCUUCGGAGAAUAGCAACAUGGUGGGCAUAGCAGAACCAAAGAAGAAAAGAAGAAUCAAUCUGGAGUGUAGUGAUGGCCAGGAAAGGGAUAGGAUGAUGAUGGUGCUAUCUGUGGUGAAUGACAUGAAGGAGCAGCUGACGAGGGUUGAGUUGUUAUUAAUUGUUAUUUGUAUAUUGUUUGGGUUAAAUCUGGUUUUGAGUAUGUUUUAUUUGGUUAAGUAG